GUUCAACUUGACCAAGCAGUUUUGAGCUGAAUACCAUGCUUGAACGGAGCACUUUUUGGCACAGGAGGUUUUUGCUCUCACUGAGCAUUUUCCUUACCAGCAAUGGCUGUUCGUGUGAAAGUGGAUAUGUAUUCCAUCAUGAAUGCCACUCUUGCAAUGAACCUGCAAGAUGUGGUGAAGGAUGCAAAAGAGUUGCUGGAACAAGCAACGGGAAUAGACCAUAAAACCAUGGUCUUGAAAUAUGGCAAGCACAAGGGGGUGAUGGCCACACUGGAGGAUGAGGAACAGUUUAGCGAGCUGGGGUGCUUCCUCAACCCCUUCACUGGCAACUAUACCAUCAACAUCAUGCUCGCGAGCCCUACCGUAGAGGCUUUGAAGGUUGUCAAUCGGCUCAAGGCUCUUCAGGAUGAGGUGGCGUUCAACGGCAUGGAUAAGAUGGAGAAGGACGGCUUGACCAUUACCUACCGUGGAAUUUCUUUGACAUGCCAAGGCGCUGAGCUUGAUGACACAGCACCGGAAGAGCCCUCGUCAUCCGCCCCAGCUUCUGCCCCUACACCUGUUGAGAAGAAGCCCGCCUCUUCGUCUACUGCCAGACCUGCAGACCUUCAGGGUAUGAAGCGGAUGAUGAAAGAGCUUCAUGCAGAAAAUGCUGAGAUGAGCUACCGCAUCAAGAGGAACACUAAGGACCUCCGUGAGCUCUUGAAGAAGUGCCGAGACAUGGAGAUUGACAUUGUGUUGUUGCGACCUUCUGGUGAGAAGUUCACUGUCAAAGGUUGCCCUUCAUACUCAGUGUCCAAGUUCAAGCAUCGCUUGCAUACUGAGUAUGGCUUCCGCUACCCCCACCAGCGCCUCAUCCGGAACAACGCAGAUGGCAUGGCUGUUGAGCUCCAGAACACCCGCAAGCUCUUCAGCUACGGGGUGGAGAACGAUGGCGACCAGAUAUACUUUGUGAUGACCGGCGGUGAGGUUGUUGCCACCCCUCAGACGCCAGCUGUUGAGGUGUCAUCUUCGUCAGAAGAGGAUGAGAUUGUGGGAACUCCUCCUAUGUCAGAUGAUGAUGCUGUCCAACUGCAUCGGCCGGGCGAUUGCGACAUGAGCCUUGUGUCCAUCAAGGACUACGCAAGCAAGAGCGUGAUGUUUCACGGCGGGAUUGACCACAGAAUGGACUUGAAAGGACUACUUGACUUCGUGAUGGUGUUUGAAAGCAUUGAAGAUGAGCAGAAAGAUCAGCUUGUUUUCAGCGACGGCCGUGGCAGUCCAUACUCAUGGUCAUUGACUGUGCAACAGUGCAUGGGCACCGCUGGCUUUGACGGCUUCUACCUGAAGGUGCGUGGGUUGAGUGGUGGGGCUCUUGUCCGUGGUCACCUUUCCAAGCAACAGAUGCUUGACAGGUUCAAGAAGAAGAGCCGAGACUUUGUCAAGCAGUUGAAGGUCAUUGAGGAUGAGGACGAUGAGGCAACCUACGAUGCCUCCAUUGUGCCACAGUUCAUCCACGAGUUCAUGGAAGAGAAGCGCCAGCAGAUCGCCAAUGCUUCCUUCAUGGCCUCUCAAGGCCGUUGCCCAGUCAUGAUGGCGCUGAAAUCUACUCCAGAUGACAAGUUGCUGGCAGUUGAGGCUCUCAUGAAGCAGAGGCUGAAGGGCGCCAGCGAGCUCAGGGUGCUAAAGUCCAUCAACCUCAUGUUUCCCACCAUGGCCGUCCUAGAACAGACCAAGUUGGGGCUCACCCUCAUCCAGAAAGAGUUGGCUACAUCCCUGCUCAUGAUGUAUGCCACCCGCUACCAUGAAGAAUAUGCAGGAGAGUUGCGCUACUGCCACAGUGGCUUUUUGAAGGACUUGGGUGAAGAGUUGGUCAAGCGUCAAGUUCGCCCCAUGGCUGAGCCGGAGCGUGGAUGUGUUUUGUCUUGAGCCACUGACGUGUGGCAUUUUCACUAACGGAGGAGGAAAUGACCUGCCCGCCAUUUCGGGGCACCCUGCCCUCCUGCCCGCCAUUUCGGGGCACCCUGCCCUCCUGCCCGCCAUUUCGGGGCACCCUGCCCUCCUGCCCGCCAUUUCGGGGCACCCUGCCCGCAAUUUUGGGGCAUUGUAAUGUGAUUUCUCCUCCUCGUUAGCCUUGCCAAGGGGCUCAUUUCAGUGCCAGACAGCGCAUUGGAUGGGGCACAUGCUUUGUGUAGCAUCUUUCAGCU